AAGCUCCACGAGUAGUUGACCUUGAGCUACAGCGAGAAGGCUAGAAAGACAAAAAAUGGAGAUUAAUCUCUUCUCAUCUUCUUUAAUCUCUCUACUUCUACUCUUUAGCUUCCUCAAUAUAAUCCAAGCCUCAAAAUUCUCCAUCAAAGAAGCCACAGUGAAGGAAAUCCAGCUCGCUUUUGUUCAAAACAAGCUAACCUCCAAACAACUAGUCAGAUUCUACUUGGAACAAAUCCAAACCCUCAAUCCUCUACUUCACGGUGUUGUGGAGAUCAAUCCAGACGCAUUAGAACAAGCAGAGAAAGCUGAUCAAGAGAGAGAGAAGAAUCAGGGCCGCCAAUCGUUGGGGGAGCUGCAUGGGAUUCCUGUGCUGCUCAAGGACAGUAUAGGAACGAAGGAUAGGUUGAACACGACGUGCGGGUCGUACGCGCUGCUUGGGUCGGAGGUGGCGCGUGAUGCUGGGGUGGUGGAAAGGUUGAGAAGCGCCGGGGCUGUGAUUUUAGGGAAGGCGAGUCAGUCGGAGUGGUAUGCGGUUAGGUCGCUGAAGAUUCCCGAUGCUUGGAGUGCUAGAGCCGGUCAAGGCGUGAACCCAUACGUAGAAAGGGGAAAUCCAUGUGGUUCAAGCAGUGGAUCAGCAAUAUCCGUAGCUGCAAACAUGGUAGCAGUGUCACUGGGGACUGAAACUGAUGGCUCUAUCAUUUGCCCAGCUGAUCUCAACUCUGUUGUUGGGCUGAAGCCAACUGUUGGACUCACAAGCCGUGCUGGUGUCAUUCCAGUCUCUCCUCGCCAGGACACAAUUGGGCCAAUAUGCCGGACAGUGUCGGAUGCAGUUUAUGUGCUUGAUGCAAUUGUUGGUUUUGAUCCAAGAGACACCAAAGCAACAAAGGAAGCUGCUAAGUUUAUACCUGCAGGUGGCUAUAAACAGUUUCUAAAAGAUGAUGGACUCAAAGAUAAGAGACUGGGAGUGGUGAGAAUUCCAUUUUCGGGCUUUGUCAAUGAUUCAACUGUGCUGUCAACCUUCAAUAACCAUCUGGAAGUGUUCAGGCAAGGAGGUGCAACUGUGUUGGAUAAUCUGCAAAUACUGAAUAUUGAUGUAAUUAUGGAUCCCAAUCAAAGUGGUGAAGAAAUGGUACUGCUAGCUGAGUUCAAGCUGACAAUUAAUCAAUACCUUCAAGAACUUGUCAAAUCUCCUGUGAGAUCACUGGCAGACAUCAUCACUUUCAACAACAAUAAUCCUGAUCUGGAAGACAUGAAACAGUAUGGUCAGGAUCUGUUGAUUGCCUCAGAAAUGACAAAUGGGCUUGGAAAGGAAGAAAAUAAGGCAGUGAAGUUUAUGAAAAAACUAUCUAAAAAAGGUUUUGAGAAAAUGAUGAAAGAGUACAAGUUAGAUGCUAUGGUGACACUUGGUUGGACUGCUUCUACAGUUCUAGCCAUUGGAGGUUACCCUGCAAUUACUGUCCCUGCUGGCUAUGGAAGCAAUGGAAUGCCAUUUGGGAUCUUUUUUGGGGGUUUGAAAGGCAUGGAACCCAAGUUGAUUGAGGUUGCUUAUGCUUUUGAGCAGGCUACUUCGUCACGCAGACCUCCUUUUUCAUCUAAAUUGGACUUGGAUGAAAAUCUCUUCUGAAAUGUGGAAUGCUAGCUCGGUGCAUGUCAAUUAAUGGAGAACUUAUUUAUUACAAAUAACAAAUACACUCUAAUUAUUGAUUAUGAGAAAACUCACAUAAUUUCAUCAUGUUCAACAAUUAUAAUAAAGCUGUUAUAUUUAUAAUAA